AUGGAGACAAUUCUUAGGAGACUCAGAAGAUCCAGUGGGAAAAAAAAAAAAAUGGUAGAAGUUGACACAAUUGACGAGGGCGAUUGGGCCCAUGCAGAGACGCUCGACUUGGAAGGAGACCCUUUUGGCUACCCCGAUAAGACGAAAAAAACAAGUGUUAGGAAAAAUGAACGCGAAAAUGAAAAACGAGAAACCAGCUCGGACGACGUCUACAAAUUCCAUGAUGAUUUGGGGGAUGGCGACAGUCAGGCGGUGGAAAAAUAUUUCGCGAGGUCCUUUUCACGAGUAAAUGGAGACGUAACGAAUGGAAGCACCGAUUUUGCAAACGAGUACUACAUAAAGAAGAAGAGAAGUGAGAGACGUGGACACGUUGACGGGGGGAAGUACGAACGUGACGGCACGCUCGAAUAUGAAAUUGGCCGCAAAAAGGGCGACACUCGGCAUGCGCACCUCCAGUUUGAAAGAUACGCUGGAGAAACGAAGGAGUUCUCGGAGGUCGAUGAGGAAGUGAACUCCUAUCCCGAAGUGGACAUGGACGCCAUGCAUGAGGAGCUGUCCCAGUGGGGCGUGCACGACGAGGAGGAGCAGCAUGAUGGGUAUGUAGGGGAAGAGGAGGAUGAGUACGCUUAUGUUGAGGCGGGCGUCAAUGAGGAAUAUGCUGAGGAGGAGGUUGACGAAUAUGCAGACGAAGCGGAUGACGAAGAACUCCCUGAGGAAGCGGCUGACGAGGAGCUCCUUGAGGACGCGGCUGAAGAAGAACUCCCCGACGAAGCUGCUGACGAGGAGCUGCCCGACGUGGACGGGGGUGUGAACUCCAUGCACCACCGCGAGAGGCGCAAGGGUUGCAUGAGGAAUGUAGAAGUCGCAGAGAACAAGAAAACGAUGCCGGACGAACACAAAGGAACAAGCACCAGAGACGGAGAAACCACAGACGCACUUGAAGAGGUAGAAGGGAACGAAGAGUAUGUCGAGGAAAAAAUAGAAGUAUAUAACAAUGAAGAGAUAGAUGAACAAGUAGAAAUUGCACACGUUAAAGGAAAAGGCAGGUGUAUGUUUACAAGGAAAAAUUUAGAACCAGGGAAUAUUAUAUUUGUGGAGAAACCACUGAUAAUUAUUACCCCCGAUUUGAAUGAAGAGUUAUGGACCUAUUUGAAUAAAUUGAACAAUGAAGAAAAUUUUGAGUUACCUCUCAAGUGGCAUUACGCUGCAUUAUGCACUAUUACCACACUUAACGAUAGUGACCUCAAGGCUUGUAUUGACAAAUGGAUUCCUGAACCCGACAGAGACGCAGAUGCAGAUGUGUUCAACGUGUUGGAUAAGGUGUGCGAUAAAAAGGUCGCAAAAAAUGGCCAAGUGCAAUAUUUUUUUAUGAAGAAAAUGAUAGACCCCAAAAUAUACGAUAGGAUCAUACAGGUGUGGCACUACAAUGCCUUUGGCCAUCACACGGACAAUGAGGGACUCGUCCUGUACAACCGCAUUUCCAUGCUGGCCCACAGCUGCAACUCGACUGCCUGCUGGCACUACGGAAGCGACGACAGCUUUGUGUUACGCGCCAGAGUGAAGCUGUCGGUGGGCGACGAGCUGACCAUAUCAUACCUCGGAGACGACGACUUGUACAAGUCCUCCAACAUAAGAAGAGAAAAGCUUACCAACUGGUUAUUCGUUUGCAUGUGCAGCAGAUGUACCAACCCGAUUGAUAAGUCAAGGGGGUUCAAAUGUUCCAUGUGUGGCGUAGGUACGUUCUUCAUCAAGAGCGAGUACGAUGAUGAAAUUCCCAUCGUGACGAAGUGCAACAUCUGCGAAUCGGAAGUAUCGGAGUCCAUGGCGUAUGAGUACAUCGAGUACGAGAAAAGUUACAUAGAGAGGUUACAAGACACAGACAAAACAGACCUGCCAGAUGCACUAGCAGUAUAUGUGCAGGCAGAAAAAAUAUUUACACAGCACUGGAUUAUGUACCAGCUGUACACAAUUUUGUUUGAGGGGUACAGAGAUUCAUGCAAUUGGGAGAAGGCUAUAUAUUAUCAGACGCAGCGAAUCAAAUAUGCAGUGGACGUCAUUCCAAGGGCAAAUUAUGUGCUGGCUUGGUUAUACGAGGAAUUGGGGGAGGUUCACGCGAAUUCCAUAAGCACUGAAAUUUUGCAGUCGGAAAGGGAUUUCACCAUCUCGUAUGAGGAGAAGAAGCGAAUCUGCUCACACUUCCUAAAGUCCAUCCACCUGCUGGAAAUCCUCUGCGGGUAUUCCCACGACUAUUUGAAGGAUUCAUUAAACAAAUACUACCGCAUCGACAGCUUAACGAGCACGGAUGCUCCGCAAAUCGAGGAGUAG